AUGGUGUGGACAGUGAAAAAAGUUGGAGAAUUAACUGAUCCACAAUUGCCUGAUGGAAAUGUAGAUAAGAUUACCAUGGGCAGUGAAAUUAAAGAGUUGGGCGCGAAUCGAGGCAAUGAAUUACCUCCAUACAAACAUGAUAACGGAUUUGAGAAUGGGCAAAUUGAUAGACAAAUUCCUCAUACUUCGUAUGGUUCUGGUUUGGAAUUUAUGGACCUUUGCGAAAGUUUAUUUGGUUACUGGCCUUGCCUUGGCAGAAGAGAUCAGAAAAUUAAUGAAAUAUGCCCAAUUUGUGAUCAUGGAGGAAGAAUGAAUCCAUGGGAAAGUGCUGCAGAUUAUCUUUUUGGAACACCAUUAGCUUAUGGUGAGAGGAAUGACGGAAGAUACGAGAAUUAUUUGUAUAAUUAUGGAGCUUAUUAUCAUGGGCAGUAG